AUGUUUAGCAAGUCUAGGACAUCAUCUAAUGCUCGUAAGCUAUCGAAACCGAUUGAAGCUACGAUACAAACAAUGAGCGAUGAUGAUUUAAUGAGCGAAAAGCAUGCCCGUAGUGGAAGCAGAACUGGCAUAGUAGAAAAAAAGCCUCGAAGCAACAGCGUUGGUAGUAAGGCAAGUAUUAUACUAACAAAUGCCAAAAAUUCACUCCAUUUGAGCCAUAUCUCCAAUAACUCUACCUUGACUCGUAAAGCAUCCGAAAAGACUCCACAUACACCGUUACAAAAACUUGGAAAACAAGAUCCUGAGUUGAGUGUUCCUCAAGGUGGUCAUAACAAUUCUGCUGGUGAAUCGCAUCCCGGACCACGAUCCACAUUUAGGGUUGGUGUCUGGGAAGACAAAAACAAGAAAUGUCGCCGUACAAUGGAAGAUACUCACGCAUUUUUGUAUAACUUCUUACACACUCCUGCUCCUACCCUGGAACGUGAAGCUUCUACGACCAGCGCCCAGCGUAUAGAAGAAACAGCAAUUAAUUCUCACACUUCCAAUAGCAAUACUGAUGUCCCAUCGGAAAAAGUGAUGGAAACGGAUAAUGGGUACUUUGCAGUGUUUGACGGACAUGCGGGCACGUUUGCUGCAGACUGGUGCGGAAAAAAACUUCACAUCAUCCUUGAAGAUAUGAUACGAACGAACCCCAACGCCUCGAUACCCGAACUAUUCGACCGGACUUUCACCAACGUUGACUCUCAACUUGAAAAAUUACCUCUUAAGAAUAGUGGCUGCACAGCAGUGAUUGCGGUGCUCCGCUGGGAAGAUCGUGUGCCUAGUACUCUAUCCGCGAUGGGAUCUGCUGCCAUUGCACCGGCAACCGUAGUAGCAUUAAAAGCCGCAGAAUUACACAAUGGCGUUGAUGGAGAACCGACGAUCGAAUGCCCAAACCAGGCAAAUAGGAAAAUGUCAAGUAGUGCUGCAACCCAUAACCUACUCAAAAGUACUGCCAUCCGACAACGUGUAUUGUAUACCGCAAAUGUGGGAGAUGCUCGUAUAGUCCUUUGUAGAAAAGGUAAGGCACUACGACUCUCGUACGACCACAAAGGUAGUGACGCAAAUGAGGGCAAACGGGUUUCUAGCGCUGGGGGUAUGAUCUUGAAUAAUCGUGUUAAUGGAGUUUUGGCUGUCACACGUGCAUUGGGAGAUAAUUAUAUUAAAGAUUUAGUAACGAGUCAUCCAUUCACGACGGAGACUAUCAUUCAGCCAGACAAUGAUGAAUUCAUCAUACUUGCUUGUGAUGGCAUAUGGGAUGUGUGCUCUGAUCAGGAAGCCGUUCAGCUCACUCGUGAUAUUCCCGAUCCUACUAUAGCAGCUAAGAAACUUGUUGAUCAUGCCCUUUCUUGCUUUACUACUGAUAACUUGUCUUGUAUGAUUGUAAGACUAAACAAAUCUGCCAUCCUCAACGCUUCCAAGGAACCCAAUUCUGCCAUUGGGGUUGAAGGUGACCCAAACUCUGCUCCUGGUGAAAUGUCAGAGCUUGAAAAAAUAAUUGGUAACGCAAAAAAAAAGGCAAAUGAAACUGGUGUUCCUGGAAUUGGCAUCAGUGGUUGUAAUUCUGGGAAAGGGCAUGAAUCCAGAGUUGAAAAUCUCAACAAGAAUAAAAUCACAGAAGAAAAGGUUUCUGAAUAG